AUGCAACUAACGUGGAAAGAUAUUCCGACGAUUCCGAACCAGAGCGAGUUUCUGGACAUUGUGCUGAACCGGACGCAGCGAAAGACGCCCACGGUGAUUCGAGCCGGGUUCAAAAUCUCGCGAAUCCGGGCGUUUUACAUGCGAAAAGUGCGAUUCACAGCGGACGGAUUUGUGGAGAAGCUCAACGAGAUUGUCACGUCGUUCCCCAACAUUAACGAAAUCCACCCGUUCCAUCGAGACCUGCUCGAUACCCUGUACGAGAAGAACCACUACAAGGUGUCUCUGGCAUCCCUGUCCCGAGCCAAGUCGCUCAUCGAUCAGGUGUCACGUGAUUACGUGCGUCUGCUCAAGUUUGGUCAGUCUCUUUUCCAGUGCAAGCAGCUCAAGCGGGCUGCUCUUGGUCGUAUGGCCACCAUUAUGAAGCGGCUUAAGGACCCUCUUGUCUAUCUUGAGCAAGUUCGGCAGCAUCUUGGUCGAUUGCCCUCCAUCGAUCCCAACACUCGAACCCUGCUCAUCUGUGGCUAUCCCAAUGUUGGCAAGUCUUCGUUCCUCAAGUCUGUGACUCGAGCCGAGGUCGAGGUCCAGCCCUAUGCGUUUACCACCAAGUCUCUGUAUGUCGGUCAUUUCGACUACAAGUAUCUGCGGUUCCAGGCGAUUGACACUCCCGGUAUUCUGGACCGUCCCACCGAGGAGAUGAACAACAUUGAAAUGCAGUCCAUCUACGCCAUUGCCCACAUUCGGUCGUGUGUGCUGUAUUUCAUGGACGUUUCCGAGCAGUGUGGCUUUUCUGUGGCCGAGCAGGUCAAGCUGUUCCAUUCCAUCAAGCCGCUGUUUGCCAACAAGCAGGUGAUUGUGGUCAUCAACAAGAUUGACGUCAAGCGACCGGAGGAUCUGGAUGAGGAGAACCAGGAGCUUCUCAAGGGCAUUGCUGCCCAGCCCGACGUGGAGAUUAUGCAGCUGUCGUGCCAUGCCGAGGAGGGUCUUAUGGAGGUGCGAAACCGGGCGUGCGAGAAGCUGUUGGCGGCUCGAGUGGAGCAGAAGCUGCGUCAUGUCAAGGGUGGCGCCUCUUCCGAUCUGCUCAACCAGGUCCAUAUUGCCCAGCCCGUCAAGCGAGACGACAUUGAGCGGCCCUCGGCUGUGCCUGAGGCGGUCCAGUUCCUGCAAAAGUACGACAAGAACGACCCCAACAGACGAAAGCUGAUGCGGGACAUUCAGGACGAAAAUGGAGGCGCUGGAGUCUUUUCCAUUGACAUGUCCAAGGAUUAUCUGCUGGAGGACGAGGCCUGGAAGAAGGACAUUAUGCCCGAGCUGCUCAACGGCCGAAAUGUCUACGAUUUCAUCGACCCCGAUAUCGCCUCGAAGCUCCAGGCGCUGGAGGACGAGGAGGAGAAACUCGAGCAGGAGGGCUUCUACGACUCGGAGGAGGAAAUUGAGGACGACGAGGCCGAGGAUAUCCACGAGCAGGCCCAGUGGCUGCGAAACAAGAUCAAAAUGAUGCGAAACACGGCCCGGUCCAAGAAGUCACUCAAAAACAAGGCCGCCAUCCCCAGAACAAAGACCAAAAAGUCGCUGGGAGACAUGGAGGAGCAUCUGGAGCGAGUGGGCUUCGAUUCGUCUAAGGUGGUGGACCGAGCCAACGCCCUGGCCGAAGCCAAGGCCUCCGACGACGUGUCGGGCCACCAGACCUUCCUCAACGAGGCCGUCUCCACCCAGGAAAUGUCCCUCAUGCCCCUGGGCCAGUCCAACCGACGAGACGAUGGUAUUGUCACCACCGUGCGAUCCAAGGCCGACCGAAUGGCCAAGCACUCCCAGCGAAAGGGUAACAUGAAGGCCCGACGAGGAGAGGCCGAUCGACAUAUUGCCGAGACCAAGCCCAAGCAUUUGUUUUCCGGAAAGAGAACUGUUGGAUCGAAUGAUUGGAGAUAG